AUGGGGACCCUGUGUGCGCGGCGCGGCCUGGAGUGGCUGCUGGGGCUCUACUUCCUCUCCCACAUCCCCAUCACGCUGCUCUUCGACCUGCAGGUGGUGCUGCCGCGCGAACUCUACCCCGUGGAGCUGAGAAACCUGCUCAAGUGGUACGCCAAGGAAUUCAAAGACCCUCUGCUGCAGGACCCCCCCGCGUGGUUUAAAUCCUUCCUGUUUUGUGAGCUCCUGCUUCAGCUGCCUUUCUUUCCCAUUGCAACAUACGCCUUCUUCAAAGGAGGCUGCAAGUGGAUUCGCACCGCGGCCAUCGUCUACUCAGCCCACACCAUGACCACCCUGAUCCCAAUUCUCUCCACGUUCCUAUUCGAGGAUUUCUCUAAAGCCAGUGGUUUCAAAGGACAAGGACCUAAGACUUUACGUGAACGCUUAACCCUCGUAUCUGUCUAUGCCCCUUACUUUCUCAUCCCUCUUAUGCUUCUGCUUUUCAUGUUGCGGAGCCCCUACUAUAAAUAUGAGGAGAAAAGAAAGAAAAAAUGA